CUUUUGGAGCUUCCCAGUUGCGCGGAUCUGAGUAUAAAAGGUUUUAAGAAAAAAUGAAGCAUUCGAAGGAUCCGUUCGAAGCAGCGAUUGAGGAGGAGCAAGAUGAAUCACCGCCGGAAUCACCGGGAGGCGGUGGUAGCGACGAGGGACGGCUUGAGAUCGAGCAGACUCCGGAAGAGAGUGAGAGGGACGUAGGUGUUCGUCGUCAACCGAAGAAGUUCAAAUCCUCUGUUACUGUUACUGAGGCUAAGAACAAAGAUGAAGAUGAAGAAGAAGAGGAAGAGAAUAUGGAAACUGAGUUAACUAAGUACCCAACUACUGCUGAUCCCGCUAAGAUGGCUAAGAUGCAGGUUAUUUUGUCGCAGUUCACUGAGGAUCAGAUGAGUAGAUAUGAGUCUUUUAGGAGAUCUGCGUUUCAGAAAGGAAACAUGAGGAAGUUGUUACAGGGAGUGACAGGGAGUCAGAAGAUCAGUAUGCCAGUGAUAAUCGUUAACUGUGGUAUUGCGAAGAUGUUUGUUGGUGAACUCGUGGAAACAGCUAGAGUUGUAAUGGGGGAAAGGAAAGAAACAGGACCUAUCAGACCUUGCCAUAUCAGAGAGUCCUAUAGGAGACUAAAGCUCGAAGGCAAAGUACCUAAACGAUCAGUUCCACGCCUUUUCCGAUAGGCAAAGCAACUUGAGAAGUUACUUUAAUUAGAUAUUUGAGUCUAUGGGUUUAAGCUGAAGUGAUUUGCCUAUCAUUCCCAUCAGAAAGAUGCUUAUCUGGUGAUCAAUCUUUGUAUACAGAACUAUUUGUAAUUGGUUCCAGGUUUUCAUUUGUUAUUGGUUCAAGUACUCGUUUAUUUGGUUUAAGUUUUAAUAAAUGGUGAUCCGAUUUGGUUUAAAUAUUUCAGUGUUUUAUUCAGUUACGAUUUUAUUAUCCAACCCUACUUU